AAGUUACUCGAGCUUCUAACGAAAUUCAAAAGAGGCAACUCGAACGGCGAUUACCCAAUCCACCUAAGACUCCCAAACACUUUUCCUUAGAGGAAGGACUUAGAAGAAUUCAAAAUAUCAAUACUACUAAAAUCCCUACUAUGCAAGAUCUUGCAGAUGUAAUUAUGAUGUUGAGCAUGAGACCUGCCGAAGUUGCUACUCUUUGUAUUAUCCAUUAUGAACCUGGUGAAUCGAAUCCUCCCGAAUGGUUCAAGCCUGGUUAUUCUUG